CGGAGCAGCAGCAGCGCAAACCCCGGACUCUCCUCUGACUCACGUUUGUGUUUUUAUUUCAUUGAAAAAAGUAAAAUAAAUAAAUUCUCACCUCGUGUUUGUGAUAAGAGGAUAACGCGCGCGUGGAGCCGUUAAAGGAUCAUGUGACUCGUCGCCGUGGGAACAGAUGUGAAUCCACUUUCUCAAGCAACAUCGGAACCUCACGGAGAUUUCCGGAUGCCUACUGACCUCUGACCCUCGCAACAUGGACGCCCGUCUGCAGGCAAACCCUCAGCUCCAGGUCAACGGUGGAGCGGCGAGGAAUUCACGACUCAGCAAAGAUGAAGCACUGCAGUUCCUGAGUCAGGAGGAGCAGGAGUGCAUCCAGUUCUUUGAGGACACCAUCGACUCACUGGAGGAGACCAUACACGAGGACGACCGCAGUACCAGGCACGUGAUGUCCGCCGCCAACUUCACCGCCAACCGCAGACCUGUGGACAACAGUGAUGUCCCCCUCACCUCCAGUCCACAUCACAAGAUACCUACGUCUUCUGUCCUGGCCAGACCUCUCAGUCCCAAAGACCAGGAUAUCAUAGACCUGGUCCGCCCAGGACCAGACUUAGUGCAGACCAAAGAGCCUAUCUUCAAUCCCACCAGUCCAGAUUUCCAGAGUAUGGCAGUGGUCCCUGAAAGCCACAUUGAUGCGAGGCCGAGGCGUGACAGCUUACCUUCCGAGUACAACCCGCCACUCCCAAGUGGUAGCUAUGGGCCGUCAGACAGCCACCACUCCUACCAUCCACCAGGGUGCAUCCCCACCCCGGUCCUGAUAGCCCAGAAGAUAGCAGAGACCCAAUCCAACACUCUUCCCUCCCCACUCCACCGUAACAGCAUGGAGUCAGAAAAGCCACUACACUACAGCACAGACCACACCAUGAAACAUGGACCUCCUACCUCUGCUAAGCCGACACGGUUCCCUCCUAACAUCAGCAUCAUCCUGGGCAACAAAGAGCACCAGAGCCAGUCUUUGGCUAAUGUGAGCAUCGAGGAGAGACGGGCACAGAUGCUGGCAAACCUCACAGGAACUUCACAUCCUCUGCUGCAGGAAGAUCCUCAACAGACCGCAGAGCGGGCCAGAAAUGUUCCCACUCGCAGCGUUUCCUUCAGGGAUCCGACUCCAAACAAAUCCAGGAUGGAGGCCCUGUCUAAGCUGGGUCUUAACAGGAAUCGAGCCAUGUCUGGGGGUACAACACUCCCUUCUAUUACUACCUUUCCAGAUCCUCCCGAAGGCCCAGAGACCAGUGCCAAGCCUCCAGAGGUCAGUGUUUCCCCAACAACAGAAAACACAACCAAACUACCAGAAGCCAAAGUUCCAUCACCACAGAUCCAGAGGCAUUAUGACAGAAAAACGGAGAUCCAACCGAGUCCAACAAAUUACCGCCGGAGUUGGGAAGAAAGACAUCCCCAGCCAAGCCCCUCCCCUCCUGCAGUCACACAAAGAAGUUUCUCUCCACCUCCUUUGGAGAACAAGGCACCUGUCCUCCCUCAACCUGAGGUCACCUCGCUGGAAUUUAACAGCUAUGGAGGGAAAUCCAUCAUAGUGCACCCUUCUGUUUCCUCCAAGAGUGAACCUGUACCCUCUCCAAUGAGCCCUGAACCAAGAUACCUCCCCCCUGCGCUGGCAAACCCCAGCGAGUUCAACAGUUUUGGGGGAAAGACCAAAGUCAUGCAUACCGGUCCCGUAGUCAUGACCAGGAACAACCUUCCCGACAUCCUCAGCUCGCACAUUAACAAGAGUCAAACUCUUCCUGCCAAACCAGAGCCUACUCCCAUUGAGCUCAACAGUUAUGGGGGAAAGAGUCGAACCUUCAACCCCUCUGCCGGGUUAAGCCGCUCUUCAGAAAGCCAAACAAGGAGCGUCAAACCUCCAGCCCCGACCCCGGCCCCGAGACCCCCAAGACACUCCUACCAUGGUGGUACUCAGAAACCAUCACAGCGCGAAGUCCUGCCCCCCGACCACAAGCGCAGAUCUGGCUCCAUGUUUCGUCCCCAGGGCAUCACCGUGCAGUUUGGCGGAAGCGGGACUUCGGAUGAAUCGCGCAAGGAGGCGCUGAAGAAAUUGGGUCUGCUGAAAGAGUCGGGAUAAACUGGAGAGAGUUGCUGUUUCCUGGUGUGAACCCACUGGUGGAGGUGAUUUGCUACAAGCUUCUCCGUGUGCUGGAGGUGUGGUUUGAAAAUACUUUGACAGAGGAAUAAAACUGGAUCCUACGCUGAACCUGCACAGCCUGUUCCAUUGCUAACACAAAAAACCCCACUGAGAAAUGAGUUCAGCUGUGCAGCAACUGCAGAGUCCCUACUGGUUCAGUGACACGUGAACUGAAAACUGCAAAAUUCUGCCUCAGAACUUUUCCAGAGACAAAUAUCAAAUAUUGUUUAGUCAUUUAUUCUCCAGUCUCACGUUUCGUUGAUGCUAAUGAGGCUAAUUAUGAAGUCAAGAACAGAACAGAAGCACAAGGAAACCGAGGCAAUCGGUGAAUCAGUGAAGUCUUGGUCAAAAAGUUGACGAUGAAACUUCGUCUUCAAGGGGGGUGGCAACAAAAUACGACAGCGUCCACGAUAAGGCAAAAAUAAAAAAUAAAAAUGCUUUUACGUGAACACAAUCCAACCAUUAAAGGUCUCCCAUGACGGAGACUAUCAGACCUCACCAAUUCUUUAAAAGCACCUUACAAACGUAAACAUUAGCUUAAUCAAAACAAAGCCGGGAAAAUAAAUGUGUAAAUAAAAGGGAGGGAAACAAAGCAUUUGUGAGGAACUAUUUUAACACACGUUUGAUGAUGCACAGACGAUUUCAAACAGCUUUUAUGUUUUAUUUUUGCUGAAAAAUAACGUGGUGUCAUCAGCAAAACGGCGGAUAUUCAAUUUUUCAUCGUGGCGUCGUUUUAUUAUGUUAACGUUUACAGACGCGACUUAAUGUGAGAAUUGACGCCUACAAAAACUAGGGGGGGGGGGGGGGGGG